GAGAAAACGGAAAAUGAGAGCCACUGUAAAAGGGAAGGAACAUGUCAGGCUCCUUUGGCAUCUUUUUUGUCUGUAGAAGCAGAGAAAGGGAAAAAGAACAAGAGCUGCUCAGUUUCACUCAGACUUAGUCUUUUAAAGUGUUACUGGUAGACAUAAGGAGAAUAUGCUGCCUCCAGUAGUUAAUGGCCUCAGAUAAGUUUAUACAUUCAUAAGGUUGUUAAUCUCUUUAUGCUGUGUUUUGUUACUUGUCAGUAUACACUUCCAUCAGCACUGGUUGUAUUUCAGGUGGGGCAGUGAUGGUUGUGGUGAUAGUGGUGUUCUGGGGAGCAGGGUGCUGCUGGGAGAUAUGUGACUACUUGUUUGCACAUUCAAGUCAUUAAUAUCAAAGUAUGAAUUCAUAUUCACAGCCAUGAGAGGGUGCCUCUGUGGCUACGCCGCCUGUUAAGGGUCAGCGGAGGGGUCGAUGAAGAUGUGAGGACUGAGGGGGGUUGUGUGGUGGACAGUGAGGAAAUCACUGACACACACAGACGCACACAAAGUGUUGUGUUUUCCGCCUCAGCGCUCUGAUGCCACUGCUCCUCCUCACAGACAGUGAGGGACACGGCGGGAGGACGGUGGCAACAACGAACGGAGACGAGAGGCGUUGACAUCACAGUGGUCACCAAGGCGAUGAAAGGGAGAAACAAGCCAGGGCAGAAUGAGAGGAGGAAGAAUGAGACGUGCGACUGUGAGAAGUCAUGGGGAUGAAAGAGCCUUUCUCCGGUGACCAGAUGGACGACUUCAGCAGUGAAUUAUUCAGCAGUUUCUUUGACGACCACCUAUUAGAGCGACCCCUGCUGGCAGACAGACCUUCAUUUUUACACAUGGACAUCGACAGCAGCCCUGAUAUCCAAGCGGAGCACAGCUACUCUUUGAGUGAAGAUUCCGCCCCCCAGAGCCCGGCCCUGUCAAUCAAAAUGGACGAAGAGUCUGAGUUUGAAUGGAGCUUCAGUCAGGACCUGUCAGCCAUCUUGGUGAAACAAGAGGAACCUGAUGUGGUUCAAAGGUUAGAUCCUCCUCCUCUGGAAGGCCCGCCUCUCACAUUAAGCCCCGCCCCACCGCACAGAGGAUCUGCUUGGAAACACACGGAGCACAGUCAAGAUGACGUGAAGACAGUGGCUAUAAAAGAUGAGCCCAGAGAGAUUGGACAGUGUCUCAGCCUGCGCAGCGACGAUGCUCUCCAGCUCCCGCCCACCCCUCCCAGCAGUAACCAUGGCGACAGCGACGGCUCCCUCCCUCCCUCCUCCCCACACCUCCCUCUGCCCCCGUCUUCCCCUCAACCACAGCAGAGGCCAGGAGGUCGUGCCUCUUCCUCAUCCUCCUCCUCUUCCACAGCCAUCUCCUCUUCACCGCUCCUCACUGCACCACAUAAGCUGCAGGGUUCAGGACCCCUCAUUCUGACAGAGGAGGAGAAAAGGACCCUGGUUGCUGAGGGUUACCCAGUACCCAACAAACUUCCUCUCACCAAGAGUGAAGAGAAGGCACUGAAGAGAGUCCGACGGAAGAUUAAGAAUAAGAUCUCAGCUCAGGAGAGUCGGAGGAAGAAGAAAGAGUAUGUGGAAUGUCUGGAGAAAAAGGUGGAGAGCUACACGUCAGAAAACGGCGACCUGUGGAGAAAAGUAGAAAACCUGGAGACUGCCAACAGGUCUCUCCUACAGCAGCUCCAGAAGCUUCAGUCAUUGGUUUCAGGGAAAGUUGUUCCUCGGUCUAAAAUGGCCUCAACUCAAACAGGGACGUGCCUCAUGAUGAUCGCCGUGUGUUUUGUCCUGGUGUUGGGCUCCUUCUCCCCCUGCCUCUCUCCCCUCUCCUUCCUCUCUCACACCUCCUCCUCUUCCUCUCCCUCCUCUCCCUCUCCCCCUCUUCCGUCAGCGGACCUCUACACCACCAGUCAGGUCCGUUCCCGCAGCCUGCUCUUCUACAACGAAGGGGCCCCAUUGGAGGAGAGUUUAGUGACAUCAGAGGGGGAGAGGCUACAGUCAGAAGCCCACUCCCACGUCCAGACGAGCCAUUACACCGCUGAUGCCCACAGAAACCACACAACUGGGCCCGAGUUAGACCGGAGAGAAACAAAACCAGACGGAGACUCCGAGUUUUUCUGACAGACUGCACGACCCCCUCCUCCCAUGACUUCUCACCUCUGACCCCUAAAAAAGCCCAAAACCUCCACAUUCCUGAACUCACCGGGGUUCACAUCAACAUUCAACAUCCAACCGGAUCAAAACCUGCCCGAGUCGUCACAUGUCACACUCGUCUCAUGCUCCUCAGCCGGCGUCCUGCUUCUACAUUGUGCUUCACUUCUUCUGCUUCGACGGCGUCUGUUACACCUGAAGAUACUUGAAGGGACCUGAGCAUUGGAACUUCUAUUGUUAUACUUUUGAAUAUAUUUUAAUUCUCAAUACCCAGCUAAUUCAUUCAAAAUCCCUUUUAAUAACCGUGAAGAAUAUUUUAGAGAUGCAUUAAAGACACAGGGUGUUCAUUUCAGAGCCUCUUGACAGUAUAUAGAAACUUACAGAUGCUAUUUUUAGCAUUUUAAAAAUUGCAAAUAGGAAAAAGCUUAUUGGGAAAUGUGGUCUGAAUGAUGAUAGAAACACAAAGUGGUCUUGCACCUUUGUACUUACAUAAACAUAUACAGUAUAUGGCACUUUGACAGACCUCCACUGUUUGAUUCUGGUUCAUGUUUGCACAUGGUGAUUGUGUUUUACUUCCAACGCACUUUAAAUGUACUAAAUAGGAUAAGUGCUUUAAUUUUCUCAACCAAUCACAUACCAUAUGUUGAUUAAGUGCUGCAAAAAUGAUCGUUGUGAUUAUUGUUUCAUCUAUCGGUUAAUCAUUUAGUACAGAAAAUAAACAGUUCGACACCUGAAGAUAUUUUUACUUACAUAAUAUGUACAGUGAAAUAAAUCAAAGAUAAGCAUCAGAUUCUCACAGUAGAGAAGCUAGAAACAGUAACCGACGUAUAUGAUUAAUGAAUUAUCAGAAUUGUUGCUGAUAAAUGUUCUGUCAUCACAUAAUUGAAUUAUUAAAUAAUUAAUUAUUUAAACAGUAAAUUUGAAUGCAACUUGUGUGUCUACAAACACUUAACCAAAGUAGACAGUGUGAUGAAGACAAAAGCAUCCUGUGCCAUUUUUUAAGUGCCUUUCACUCACGUCAGUCAAAUGUGACAAACUCAGCCUUAUGCCCACUCAUACUUUAAACCUGGACCUGUAACUUCAGUUAGAUUACACACUUUUGUUAAUUUCCCUGGUUCUUGUUCCUCGUGUAACGAAUCCUAAACUGCCUAUGCAUAUUUGGCCGCAUAGUAGCAAAAGUUUGCGGUGAAUUCACCUUUUCGCGGAGCCCACCUCGGUUUGAAGAGCUUAAAUGGGUUUUCAGGUAGUAACAACUGAACAUGUAAUGUGAUUUAUCUUUCCCUUUUUUUAUUAUCUAUUAUCUAACUAGUUUUUAAAAUUCUGACCAAAACUGGAUGUUAUUUUUGGGCUGGAAACCAUGUUUUCAUUUCAAGAGAACAUUGACGGGGUUCUGCCAGAGGUAGGGAAAACAUGACAUAAAAGUAUUUUCAUGGAUUUAAAAAAUUGUAUAUGUAAUAUAUUUGCAGCAUCAAAAAAGAGCAUAUUUAAUUUAUGCAACAAAAAAAGAAAAAUUGAUCUUGUUUUAACGUUUGUUUAUCUUAAUUUUUUCUAAAUAAUGUUUACAAUAAAACCCCACAAAAAAUACAACCUAUAAUAUAUUCUGAGCAUCAAAAAAGGGCAUAUUUAUUUUAUGCAAAAAAAAGAAAAGAAUUGUAUGUUGUGUUUUGGCAUUUAGGAUGAUGUGAAGGUUUAUAAGAUGGUGUGUAGUUUACAUGGUGUUUUCAUGGAUUGUAAAACUUUGACAUGAUCCGUUUGUGUCUCUAACUGUAAUACAGUGUUUAUCUUUCACUGCUGUCGCAUGAAAAGCCCCGAGGGAUUUUUGUUCCAUUAUGAUCUAAAACUGAACCUGAAAAAAGAAAAAAAUAACUCCAAAUAAAUUCUGCUUAAUGUCUUGACCCAAAAAUCCAAAGAAAUGUUCCACAAACCACCUUCAGAUAUUGAUCAUCAUGUUAAAUAUAAAUAUUGUGUUAUCAAUACAUCCGAUAACCUCUGAGCAGCAGAGGAAACGUCUAAAACAUCAAUAUAAAUGUGCUCAUGUGACAGCAGUGCAUGUUGUAUUUAUUCCUGUUUGUAGAAAGUGUGUAUAUAUUGAUGAAGCCAAUCGGGGGAUUAAAACAUAAAUGAUCUUUCCACAAUGUGGGGGAACACCAGGACAUUUAAAGACAUUUUUAUUAUCCGCACCACUAUUUUGACAAUGUUUGAAAAACAGUUACACUCCCCAGAAAAAUGUCAUGGUAUUCCAUCAAAUUAAAAGAAAACGGAUGUUUCACUGUCCCAAAUCCAAAUCCUUGAGGAGUAAAAAUUCUGACUAUAAAACAUCCAGAAAAAAAUUGUUUUUGUUUUUAUAUUGUGUUUUAUGCCGGACGUGAACAAAAGCGUCACGUGACUGCAGCCCCCCUUUGCUCAACCACUCUGUGGUUCUCACCCUUAUCAGUCUCAAUGCACCAGUGUACAUAAAUAAUGACAACUCAAUGUGCAGAUGUUGUAAAUAAAGGGCCUUGUUUUUGUAUUGUGACAUAGUCCAAGACUUUAACCUGUGGAAAGUGGGAACUGAGAAGAAAAAAAAAUAGUAGAAAAAUCUGUGGAUUCUGGGGGAUUAAAUGGGGAGGGUUAAAAAAAAAAAAAAGAACAAUUACAGGGAGGGUGAAGUUUUCCACUUGUAAAGAAACCUGGACGACACAGUAGCUUCACACAGUUUGAAUAGUUGUCAAACACCAGGAGUUGCUGGAUUAUUCUACCAGAGAGAAUGAUCCUGCACUUUCCAGGCGGUUCGCUUGUUUGAAAUGUGUUUGGAUAUGAUGUUGUCUUGGUUUGUUGUAUAGUGCCUUGCAUGUUCCUCCAUAUAUAAUUAUGUUAUCUUAGUGUAGUCAGUAGAGUAGAAACCAGCAAAAUAUUAAAAAACUGCAUCAGCAA